AACAUGGCGGACGUGGAGGAAAGUUUUGCUUCUCGUCUUAAGUCAGAUUUAUCUCGCAUCAAGGACUUCCUCGUAGAGAAUGAGAAUAUCAUAAACGCUCACAAUGUAGACUUCUUCACUAAAGAUCUAUGGAAUACAUGUUUACCCAAAGGAAUACGAGAUGAUUUGGAUAAACUUUCAGUAGAAGAGGUCGCUUCCUUACCUUCUCUGUUUCUUCAAGGAAUGGAAAAUCCCGAAGGCUGUUCUUCUGGUGUUUUAAAGCAAUGCAGCAACUUGGUAGAUCUUCUUUCUCGUGUAAGAAGUGUUCAUUUGAGGAGUUUUCCUCACGUACAAGAAGGACAAUAUUUUAAGAGAGGACUUGAUAUUGUGGGGAAACAUGCGUCAGCUUUGUCUUCAUUCAUGAUGAGUCCAAAGAAAGCUUACGAAGUUGAUGUCAUGUCUCAAGCCGUGCAUGAUCUUGUUCAGAGGACUAAAGUUGAUAAGGUUGUUGACCUGGGUAGCGGUAAAGGCUAUCUCAGCCAAUACUUAGCAUUGAAACAUGGGAUACCUGUGUUGGGUAUAGACUCAAGAGAAUCAAACACGAUGAAUGCUGAAAAAAGGAACGAAAAGACCUUAAAAGUGUGGCAUUCUCUGCUCAAAAGAAGCCAAAAUCAAGAGAAUUCUUAUAGUAGGACUAAAGAAUCUUGCAGUCAAUAUGUUGUCGAUCAUUCAAAUGAUACAAGUCUAGGUGCAGUUUCACUUGGAAGUGACAAUGUUCCGGAAUCAUGGGAAAGCUCUUCAACUGUAGACAAUUCAUCAUCAUCAUCAUCAUCAAAUGAUAUGCAUCCGUAUUCUUCUUCAAAAAAGAUUUCAAUAGGUCACUGUGAAGAUGGGAAUAUUCAGAACACUGUUUUACCUGGAAAGGAUGACAUCCCUGAUAAAGAUGUUCAGAAAUCAUGUUUGAAAACUAUUGAAACUUCAAAACACGAUUCAUACCUUCCUGUCACAGCACAUGUUAGUAGCAGUGCACAGAUAUAUCAGAACCUUGAGGCUUUGUUUGAGAAGAAAAAUACCAGUAUUUGUAAUGACAUAAAUAAAGGGAUUAUUUUAGUUGGUUUGCAUACUUGUGGUGACCUGGCUCCAACAGCUAUCAAUAUUUUUAUCAAAGACUCAGUUGUGAAAGCUCUCUGUCUAGUUGGUUGCUGCUACCAUUUACUGUCACAGCCUACAGACUCUGAAACACCAAUUGAAAUGGAAGAAAACAUGCAGUCUUGUGAAGGCCUUGAAGCUGAACAUGGCUUCCCCUUGAGUGAUUUUCUAAAACAGCAAAACUUUAGGGUCAGCAGGAAUGCUACCAUGGUAGCACAACAGGCAGCAGAUAGGAUUGCUUCAGAAUGCAAGAUACCAGCACCAAGUAUAUUCUAUCGUGCGGUACUGCAGGUUAUACUCAAGGAGAAAUUAGGCUUAGAUACAACAGGAAUGCAUGUUGGAAGAAUUGGAGCGAAGUGCAAAACGUUUACAGAAUACAUCCAUAAAAGUUUUAAGAGGCUUGGCCUGGAAAACAAAAUGAUUUCAGAUGAAGAAAUACAGGCAUAUUAUAGAAGAUUUCAAGACAGGGAACGUGAAAUAAGGGCGUUUCAUCAGCUGCGGGCUUGCAUUGCACCUUGUAUUGAAAGUGUGUUUCUGAUGGACCGACUAUGUUAUCUACACGAAAAGGGUAUGACCAAUGCUAGAAUAGUAGCCAUGUUUGAUCCCGUGAAGUCUCCCAGAUGUUAUGCAAUCAUCGCUUCGAAGACCAGCUGUUAGCUGAAGAACUACCAUUUUUUAAACGCUUGCUCGCGCCUCCGUACUGCGAUACUUAUAUAAACGAAGCCGUUUUUAGUAUCGUCGCGCAACGCGCAACGCUAGCGUUGCGUGACGGCACUAAUAGCGGCUGCGCAGGAGACUAGUGUAGAGCACUGUUCCUUACUAUGGACAGGACUCACAGCUUCAACUCAUUUUAUUGGCUGGUAUGGUAAAAAUCAGGGCACGGCUAAUAGAUCAAAUUGGAAUUUAGCUCGUUAGGUUUUGCAGGGGAGGAAGAAAAAUCCCCGAAUGAAGGGAGACCUAGCAAACUCUACUCACAUGUGAUACUCGUCUUGAAAUCGAAUCCGAAACCUAAGAGGUGAGGGAGAGUGUUACUCUUGCUCAUCAAGUGCUCUACAUUCUCCACAGAAUUUUUAUAUCACAAUACAGAGCCAAAAUAAAUACAGAAUAUAUUUAUUUUGUAUAUGGUUGUGUGUAAGUUUUUCUUAGCCUGCGUAGUGGCCCUUCCCCGGCUCUCCCAAAAGCGCCGCUACGCGGGCUAAGCUUUUCUCUUUCCUCAGAUUCAAACACGUUAGCCAGCCAAUCAACACGCGUUUUUUUUUUUUAAUCUCAAAUAUUUUAAUGGAUAUUAUCAUUUAUAUAAUAAAUGAUUCCUAAUGUAGUGGAGGGAACGUAUUGUGAAUAAGAAAAUAAUUGAUCUAGUUCUGUCGUUAGUGGGAGAAAACAUUUUGACUUACGUCAUUACAAUAAGAGGAGACAAUGUUGCGUGAAGUCAGAAGGGUGUUGGAAUCGGAAGGUUUCCUUUUUCUUGGCUUGUGCUUUAGCUUAUACAUUAGGAGCA